AUGAGAGAGUACACCGUUGAUAUCUGUAACAUGAGCAAUGGCUUCGCAACGACCAGUCACACGGUGAAAUACUCGGCAACCUGGACCGAAUGGACUGUGAUUUUCAGUUGAACGAGUUGCACUUGUCGGAUCUUUCGCCUUUCGUAGAAGCCAUUGCCGACUUCACCAACUACAACAAUCCCAUUAUACAGUGUUCGUUCUUUUUCCGAAUGUUCAGGAGUUCAUGGAAUGAGGUGUUUCAGAUUGCCAGAGCGGAGGAAUUUUGAAGGGAAUCACGGGAAAGCAAGAUUUCAAGGGGUUUCUUCAGCACAUCGGCCUAGGAACCGAAAUUCGGCUUUUUGUUAGUAAGUCCGCACUUUUUCCAUUCUUAGUGUCUUAAUGUCAGCAAGAAGAUCGAAAUUUUUUCUCUGUCUAGUGUCUUUUUUCCUGUGUAGAGAUAUAUCUAAAAAUAUAAAUAAGGACUUUUUUCACUAUUGUUAUCCGAAAAAAAAAACCGAAAAAAAGCUUCAUUUUUAAAAAAGUUUUGAUUAUCUAAAAAAAUAACGGAAUAAAGAUAGGAAUAAAAAGAUACAGAAGUUAGAAAUAAAUUAAAGAGAUGAAACCCGAUUUUUCUGUUCUUUUUUCUCGCUUCUCAAGCAAUAACAAAAACUAUACGGUGACAAAAAAGAAUUUUCUUAUUUUCGUUUUUUUUUUACUUAUUUUCGUGCCGAAAAACGAUUGUUCAGCCCGGCGGGAGCCGACGACGCCGGAGUACGACGACUUCGAGCGAUUCAGAAGUUUUGUCUACUCCCAAGUCGGAAUGUUCGCGAAUCCGAUUGGCUACGGAGCUCAGGGCAGGGUUUAUUCGUAAGCUUUCGGCCACCGGAACACAAAUUUUCUCCUUUUUCAGGGUUAAUAUAGAGGAAAAAGUUUACGCGGUGAAGAUGAUAUUGAAAAGAUAUGAGACCGACGAAGUCGACAACGAGGUCGACGCCUUGCAAAAGGUCUCUGGAGAUUCUCAAACCGAAGUCCUUGAAGCCGGUCUAGGCUUGGACUUCUCGUAGUCGGACUCUUUAAGAGAUCACUCAUUAUGAAAAAUCUAAUCUUGAGACUACUUGAAAACCUUCUAGUGAUCACUUAAGCAGAAGCGACUAUUUUUGUCCAGACGUGAGGUAUUCCUUACGGUCUCAAGUUUAUAUUACCUUUGUGAAAUCUCCUUAUCUUUUGAAGCACUUUUCCGGAUUCUCUUUCACUUUUUCUUGUAAACACGUCAAAACAGAGGAAGUUGUACUUUUAUCUCAUCUCAUGUAUUUUCAUGCUAGAAAAUAAGUUAACUUUUUGAGUUUUCAAAUCAUAAUUUUGCAGUGUCGCGGCGAUCAUAUCAUCAAUCUGGAGUACAGCAUAGUCAGUUUUUUUUUUCUGAAGCUUCCUUUUCAGUUAUUUUAUGUUUUCAGAAAGAAAACAACAUUUAUUAUCUUUUCUUGGAAUACAUGGACCGAGGACAUCUGGGAGAUUUGGGUAAUUUCUUUCAAUCUUUGUUAAAUCAUGAAAUAAGUUCAGUUAAAGCAUAAAAUAUGAAUUUUGAAGCGGGGAGUUUUUCUCUUUAAGGCCUUUUGCGGGCUUUUAAAUAGAAGCAGCUUUCAUCAUCAAUCAUCAAUAUUUAUUGGUUGUUUUAGUCAGAUGGAAUCGACUAGGCGGUGAAAAAAUAGCUCUUUUGAGCGGCAAUAACACUGCCUUUGGCGAAAAAUAAGUCAAAACGUGUAGUCGAUUGAAUUGAAGGCAUGGUCUUACGGUCCUUCGCCUCGUUUUACAAGUAGAUCCCUCAGUUUCGCGGGUAUGGGCACGGCGGUGAUGGUGGGGCUCGGGCACGGCGGUGAUGGUGGGGCUCGGGCACGGACGCCGUGUACACUCUAGGGUAGCCUCGGCCGAUUGAGAGAGCUACCACUUCGAGUGAAGAAUACACGGAAUCUUUGAAAAAAAAAACACUAGAAGCUCAUUUAUUCUCAAAUUAAAUCUUUCCGGACCUCGGUAACGCAAACCAGACGCGCCCGGACGUUUCUGAGCAUUUUAGUGAUGCCUUUAGCGAAUUCAGCUCUCUUAAGUUUCUACUUGAAAUUCUCGAAAAGGUCCGUUUUGCGUUCCCGAUGACCGAACUCAUACAAUAAGAAACAUUUUAUUGACUGUAAUUUAUACGGUAAAAACGUAAACUGUCGCUUUUUUCUUUCGAUGAACAAUUUUUCUAGUCAGAAGAUGCGAAGGAUCUGUUCCGCCCAGAGUUCUACAACAAAUCGCUUGGGCGACUUUCCAAGGCCUCCGGACUCUUUGGACCCGCGGCUACCUUCACAGAGGUACAGUCUCUCACCGUAUUCUGGGCCUAUUUCAAAUUGAAGAUAUGAAAGAGGACAAUAUCCUGUUGAGCAGCGACGGAUCCGUGAAGGUCAGCGACUUGGGCCUCGCCAAGGUAACGACAUUUGGUUGGGUCCCCAGUUUAUCCGUUUUAAUGCAGAAAGUGGACAACACUUCGAAAAUCGCUUGUACGGAGCUAGGAGCAGAGGGCUACCAAUCGCCCGAAAGAGUCCGCGGGCAAGACUACGGGUACCCACCUCAUGUCCUUCGACUUCCAACUCUCCUUUGUAGAGAAAAGGCCGAUGUUUGGGCGUUCGGAAUCAUUUUAUAUCGGAUAGUCGUCGAUGAAAACGUCGUCAGUCGAACUAAGGACCAAAUUAUUGACGAGCAGCUGGAAGUUCCGUCUUCUUCCGACGUUCCCAGCGACCUCAGGCAACUCAUCAACAAUUGGCAAGUCUUUUCUGAUCUCUUCCAUUUCAAAGGAACAUUUUCCAGCUUACAACUGUCCGAGGAACUCCGUUGGGGCGCCGCAGAAAUAGCCGACUGCAGCUAUUUCACUGGAGUUCAGUUCGAAAAGGCAUUAAUUGCCGAGUUUUUGGCGCAGAAUCCUGUACAAAAUGCGGAAAAAAUGUAAAUAAAUGUUUUUUUUUUCGUUAUUCUCGUUGUGACGAAUCUCGGUUGUUAAUUUGAUCAAGUUCGAAAUGUACUUUGCUGGAGAUUAACACGGAUUCCAGCCGCCGAUACGAGUUUAAUUGGUCUAGUAGCCUCUGAGUUUGGAUUUAAAAUCAAUUGUUUUUUUCCUCUCCCACUUGUUCGAAUGUUGUGGUUCGACAACUGCCUUGCCCCAACUUUCCAGUUUCUUUUUUUGAAUAAAACGUUUCUAACUUUAAAUAGGAUUUUUGGUAGAAAACGUAUCUAUGGAAAAAAGAAGUUGUAGCGUUUAAUUUUGAACUUUUGAGGAUUGUUAUUGUCAAAUUAGAAAUGUUAAGAAAAACUCGAUUUUAUCCUGUAAAACUUACUUUUUCAGGAUAAACAGUCUGAGAUGAAACUCGCUCUCGUCUUCCUCCUAGCGGUUCUCGCCAUCAACGUGUUUGCCGGCUCUCACGGUAAUUGAUACAUUGAACUCUUCUGAAUAAAAGUUCAAUUUUAUAGAAGAUAGCGAUUCGAGCUCUUCGUCUUCAUCGGAAAGCUCUUCGGGAGAAGAAGACGUGCGAUUGACGCAGAAGCCGGAGUCUCCGAGGGACCCGACGACGUCGGGACCGGCGAAUCCUCCUCCUGCGGCUUCGAACUCAAGUUCCCUGCCGUGAAACUACUUUUUUUAUUAAAAAAAUAAAGGGAUUUUUUUCUUGUUUUCAAGCACAAGAUGAGAAUGUCGUGCUGAUUGCAGAGAUUCCUUAGACACUCAAGAAGGGAUUAUUUCAGUUUAAUAACCGCAGACUUAUCUCUAAUAACUUCGUGACUCUCAAAAGAUACAUGCGCCCCAUUUUCGCGCAACAGUUUCCAGAUUCACCAGAACUCAUCGUUCUUCGGUUUAUUUCUCGGUGUCCGGACUGAUAAGUGACGCGAUGGUUUGAUCUGCGGCUGAGUCAUCUUUUAUCAGAAGAUGCUCCAUUCCUAGCGUCACUUUCCUUCAAACCAGCAUGUAUUUAGUGUCUUUCCGUCCAAAAAUACGGACCUCAUUUUCUCGUUCUUUCUCUUCAAAAUUUCUCAACUCUUUUUCGAAGCGAUAGAAUCAAUCGAUAAUCUUGAUAUCUGGGCAUUUUUUGGCUUCGAAAAAACGAUCAAAAGAAGACUUCUAAAGAACUGUAAAGUUGAACGGGUUUGAAGAAAAUAAUUUGACUUUUUUUUUUUAAGAUUUUAUCAUUUUCCAAUCGUUUUGCUCGAAAACUUCAUCAAGAGAUCGAAAUCAGCUAGGUAGAAAUAGAGUGGGAAUAUUUCAUUCUUUUGUUGUUUUGGAAACAAGCCGUAAAGCUAGAAGUUGUGAAAUUUGUGCUGAAACUCCAGGCACCGGUUUCAGAACAGCGAUAAGGCGGUACACAAAAAAAGGCGAGCCGAAAAUUUGAUAAAGGAAUGAUAAAAAGAGAAAAUUCGUGAUGUGUCAGCCGCUCUGAAAGACCACGAGUCAGGUCGGUAAUCGUUCUUAAGUUGCUUGAUUUCAUAUUAUCUACCUUCGGCUGUUUUCCAGUUUUUACUCAUUAACUUAUUAUCAUAAUUCAUUUAUUCUUCAGCUGAACUCUCACGUCUUGUUCAUUUAAGUUAUUAUUUCAACCUGAGAAGUACCUGUAUCGAUAUAAUUAUAAAAAAAUUCGAAGAACGUUUUUUUCAAGUUUCCGAAAAGUUCUCUAUUAUGUGAAAUUUUUUUACGAAGCUUUCCAAUAACUUCCACUAGGCCUUUCCGAGUUUUCGAACACAGAAUGAAAAACGAGAAGGUGCAUAAUCUAGAGAAAAGUUGGAAAAAAUUUGUCAAAAACACUUCAAAAAUUGAUAUACUGUAUAUGAUGAUUUCACCGAACGUCUGCGUCGUAUAUUCCCCCUGUAGAAUUAUCAAUUCCAAUACAGUCAACGAUUUCCAUGAUCAGGUUGUUGCAAAGGAUCUCAUUCUCAAUUGGAUGCCAUGUGCUGCUACAAUCCGAAACGGCAGACUUACUUCUGCUGCAUUCCCGCCAAAGUUCGACAAUUCUCAUUAUCUCUUUUCAACUUUUUCCUUUCAGCUGAUCGGCGUUUUCGCGUCGGCGUUAACGCUAGCGAUGCAUCUCAUCUUUGCGAUUUGUUUCCUGGUAUACGGAAACCUUUACGGAUUGAUUCCGCUGAUCGCCACGAUCAUUGCCCAUGCGAUUUUCCUGGCCAUCAACUUUGGAUUCAUGGCGAGAAUGGUUAGGCUGUACGUCGUGUUUGAGGUGAGAUUCCGGAUAGAUGGAUUGAAAGAGAUAGAAAUUAGACUAACCCUUGAAGAAAUGUGGAAAAGGACCUUGUAGAUCCUGAUGUCGAUUGCGAUGUUGGGCGUCGGCUGCUGGAUGAUAGUUCUUGUUUUCAUUCCUGACAAUUCGUUUAUUUAUCAAAAAUGCGUCGACAACCUUUGGGACGAUUGCAAAAGCUGUAAGCCCUUUCUUCGACUUUUUCUAUCUUCAGUUCAAAAAUUGCAGUCAACAGGGCAACAUCAGCCUCUUGGGGCGGUACAUUCAUACUUUUCUUCAUCGUCAAUAUUAUUCUCUUGCAAAUUUUCAAGCAGUUCUCACAAAGCCUGAGACAAGGAAAUUCGAGAAGAAGGUCUGUUAUUUUUGACAUAAAUCUCGAAUUGGCACUUUUAUCCACAUAACGUCGUCAUAAAGUCGGGAAGACCAUAGGACUGCGUAAAAAAAAGAAAAAAGUUUGCGUGUGGCUAAUUAGACGUUCAAAGCCUAGCUCAAUCUCACGUUCCCUUUCUGCACGUAGUUUAACCAAAAAUGCCUUGCCUUGCUUAGCUUCACGAAGGGCUGUUUCAGAAACAGCUCCUGUUCGCACCCGGUCCCGUUGCCGCUGCAUCAUCCGCAGCCGCCUCCGCAAGCGGCGCCGACGCAGAUCUUCGUCGGCCAGCAGCCGCUGCAGACCGCCACCGUCCAGCCGCAGAUCGUCUACCUUCCUGCUCCGUCGGCUCCUCCCAUGACGCCGGUCCAGCCGCGGAUGCCCGCCCCCCUCUACCAGAUUCCUCAACAAGAGACACCGUAUCCGCAGACGACCGCCACAGGCUCCGCCUAUCCUUACUCCACCAAUGAUGCUCCACCGGCCUACGAGAAAAACAAGUAUUAA